GCUGAUUUUAAUUUAGGUUAUUUUAAAUAUUUACUAAUUACAUAUUUCUGAUUUUAUUGGAAUUUAUUUUAUUGACAAAAACACAAAUUUAUUACAAGAACUCAUUUUUAGUUAUUCCUAAAUAUUUCAAAAUUAUGAUGAAGAACAUAGCAUUCACACAGUUGUUAAAAAUUAAUAAGUUUUGCCGCCCGACUUUAAUAAGACCGUUCAGUGAUAACAACUCGGAUCACCCACAUCCAAUUAAAAGAACUUUUAAGCUUUUAGGAAAUGAUAUGAGAAAAGUAAAAAGUUUUUUUAGUCCCUUGUUUGAAAAAAAGUUUAACAAUGUGGAGGAGAAUCCUGAACCUACAAUCCAAAUGGAUGACAAUGAGUUUCAAACACAUUGUGAUGUUCUUAUAAUUGGCGGGGGAGCUGUGGGAUCAUCUGCAGCCUAUUGGUUGAAGAAAAAAGCUCGUCAAGGGUUAAACGUUGUCGUUAUAGAAAAAGAUUUUCCGCAUUUAAAUACCAAAAAUUGUUUAACAUUACCCAUGGGAGGCUUGCGGCAACAAUUCCUUUUGCCUGAAAAUAUCGAAAUGUCACUUUACGGAGCUGAGUUUAUGAGGAAUUCAAAAGAGGAACUUGGUAUUGAUGUAAGAUUUGAACCACAUGGAUUCUUAACACUGGCCUCUGAGGAAAAUGCUGAAACACUUAAAAGGAUGUCGCAAAUACAAAAUGAAUUAGGCGCCCGAACUGAAAUGCUAACUCCUGAACGUCUAAAAAUAAAGUUCCCAUGGCUAGACAUUGAAGAUGUAGCUAUUGGUUGUCAAGGUCUCGAAAAACAUGGAUGGUUUGAUUCGUCUAAUUUGUUAUUAGGACUCCGGAGUAAAGCUAUGGAAUAUGGGACACAUUUUAUCAAAUCGGAAUUAAUCGACUUCAAGUUUCAAAACCAACCAGAUGUUAUCAUAGAAGGAGCAUCUACAAUCAAUACAUAUAAUGCUUUAGAUAAAGCAGUAGUCAAAAUGCCCAAUGGCGAAACGCGUUUCAUAAAAUUUUCGCUUUGUGUUCUUGCUGCUGGCACAAAUUCUGAGCAAAUUGCCAAACUAGCAAAAAUUGGCACAGGUUCGGGGCUUUUAAAAAUACCUCUACCUAUAACCAAACGAAAUAAUUACGCUUAUACAUUCAACAAUGAUGAAAUCAAUACACCUGGACUAGGCACACCAUGCGUGGUUGACUUGAAUGGUACAUACUUCCGAAGAGACGGCCUAUCGGGUAACUUUAUAACGGGUUUCAGCUCGUGCACAGAUAAAGAAAGUGAUCAAAAAGAAACCAUCUUCGAAACCAAUGUUUUACCUUAUUUAAUGCGAAGAAUGAAAUUGUCGCAGAAACCUAAUGUUAUUGAAAGUUGGGAGCAUACUUUUGAGUACAAUGUAUUCGAUGAAAAUGGUAUUAUUGGUCCACAUGCUUAUUACAAUAAUCUGUAUAUUGCAAGUGGAUUUUCCGGCUUGGGACUACAGCUGGCGCCAGCAGUCGGUAGAGCAAUUUCUGAAUUAAUAAUAGAUGCACAAUUUCGGACUAUAGACUUAACUAGACUUGGUUUUGAUCGCAUUAUCGUAGAUAGGCCAAUGUUUGAACACGCUUUAAUGUAACAUAUUUUAAUUUGAAUUUAUAAAUUAUUACUUACAUAUAUGUUUGUAACAUAUGUCAAUAAAAAGUUAAAAUCCUUUGAAAUUAA